UUGACGUUGAGCGUUGAGCGCUUGAGCACUCAGCAGGCUGAGGAGUGGUUUGCGCCACCGGGAAUUGCCGGCGGAGUGGACCGUAACUAUUGAUGGCAACCCAAUGCAUGAACCUUAUUUUCCACCACCAAUCCACCGACCGCCAAAACACGCCAGUCCGUCCUCGGCACCACAACCUCCCUCAAAAUGGAAUCAUCAUCAAAAGCCCCCGUCAAGCUCGCAACCGUUAUUAAGGUCCUUGGUCGGACUGGUUCUCGUGGUGGUGUCACGCAAGUCCGUGUCGAGUUCAUGGACGACCCCAGCCGGACGAUUAUCCGGAACGUGAAGGGGCCCGUGCGGGAGAAGGACAUCCUGGCUCUCCUGGAGAGUGAGCGUGAGGCUCGUCGUCUUCGUUGAGACACUCGGCGCGCUAUCGUUUACUACAUGUUCAUCUUAGGCAUUCCCAUUCUGUGUAUGAUUCCGCAAAUGCUAUGCGCCUGAGGCUUCCCACGACCCCUAAAACGCUGGGCUGCCCUCAUUCAGCUUGUGGACGGUCCGAGAUUGAACGGAAGAUAGGGCGUUCUGGUCGCUUCCGGGUUCCCAAUCUCGAUGUCUCUGCGUCACUGACUUGUCGCCCGGCGAUUCCGCGUGAGCGUUUACCGACCACCCGACUGCUGUCUUCGAAACCUCGGAGCACCUGGCCUCAUGUCUCGCGUGUAUGUGCGCUUGCUAGUGCGUGUGCCAGUCGCGCAUGCAGGUAUACGAGCGUUUGCUUACGAUCGGACGACCGCUGUAUGAACAUCUGGGCGGUCGGAGUUGUCAC